AAAAUGGUGCUUGACGAAGGCGCCGAUGUUAACGCCCAGGGUGAAUACUACGGCAACGCACUCCGGGCGGCUUCAGAAAGAGGCGAUAAAGAGAUGGCCAUGCUGCUGCUAGACAAGGGCGCCGACGUCAACGCCCAAGGUGGACUCUUCGGCAACGCACUCCAGGCGGCUUCAGCUGGAGAACACAAAGACAUUGUGAUGCUGCUGCUAGACAAGGGCGCCGACGUCAACGCCCAAGGUGGACGCUACGGCAACGCACUCCAGGCGGCUUCAGCUAGAGGACACAAAGAGAUGGCCAUGCUGCUGCUAGACAAGGGCGCCGACGUCAACGCCCAAGGUGGAUACUACGGCAACGCACUCCAGGCGGCUUCAGCU